GUGUGUGUGUGUGUGUGUGUGUGUGUGAAGCUGAAGGGGGGAGGAAAGGGUGGCGGUCGUGGAGGAGGAAAGAGGGGGAGGCAACGCUUGGACCGGCCCCCCUCCUCCCUCCCUCCUCUGCUCUGUCUCCCACACACACUCGUCCUGUCCUCUGGCGUCUCAUUGGUUAAAUCCCCGGCUAUAUAUUUAUGUGAUUGGUCAGGGCGGGGUAUAUAUACUCAGCGUGGGUCGGUUAAAUCUGGCCACAAGUUUCAAAACUUUCAAACAGGGCAGACAGACAGAGAGACAGUGAGUCGGACGGCCCAUGUGACGGGGGGGAAUCGAGCUCUGGACAAACCGCUGCACCACACACUCCAAACAAGAACUGUUGUCUUUAGAGAAAAGAAAAAGGAGUGAAGGAGAGAAAAGAGGCAGAGUCAUUGUGGAUCCUUUUCAGGGGGAAUAUCCUGCACCACAACUUGUUUGUUUUCUCUUUCUUCCUCGUCUUCCCCCUCCUCUCAGAUCUCGAUGCUUUGCUUUGGGAUUUGUGCUCCAAAUCCAUCAGAUUCCACUCUUGAUCUUUCAUUUUGUCAUCUGAAACAUUUCAAGCUGCACAUUUUUUCCAGAACUUUGCAACCCAACAAACCGAGACAGACGUUUUCAGAAUUUCACUCGGACUAAAAAGUUGAAUCCAAGCCCGGUCCUGGAAUGAAUUUAACGGAGCCCAGCUUGUCCAGAGAGACUCUCCUGCAUGCCAGCCGGAUGUCCCUUGGGGGCCCCUGGGGGUCUGGGACCCCGAGCCCAGCUUCUGAUUCUGAAAUGGGUUUUGAGCAGAACCUCUCCGGGGACUGCAGCUCCCCAGAUGGCCUCGGAUCCGGCAGCAUGAGGAGGACAGAGGCGAGGAUUUCUCUGACGCCCGGCUCAGGGGGACAGAGUCCGGACCUGACCCAGGCGGGAGGCGUGUCGGCGGGCACGGCCGAUGGGAAGGCCGCGGGGGGCGAGCAGAGGAUCCGCAGGCCCAUGAACGCCUUCAUGGUCUGGGCCAAAGAUGAGAGGAAGCGACUGGCCGUGCAGAACCCGGACCUGCACAACGCCGUGCUCAGCAAGAUGCUCGGUCAGUCCUGGAAGGCCCUGAGUGCUCCAGACAAGCGACCAUUUGUGGAGGAAGCUGAACGUCUCCGCGUGCAGCACCUCCAGGAUCACCCCAACUACAAGUACAGGCCUCGCCGCAAAAAGACCACCAAGAAACUGAAGCGCGUUGAGCCGGGGCUGCUGCUUCACAGCUUGGCCCAGGGCGGGGCUUCAGGCCUGGGAUUAGGACCCGGUGGUGCAGACAGUGUCUCCGGAGGUUCUUAUGGACAUCUCGGUGCCCACUCUCAGCACCACCAUCACUCCCACCACCUGCUGCAUCCUCUGGGGCACUUCAGGGACCUGCAGGCGUCCGGACACCCGGAGCUGGAGAGCUACGGCCUGCCCACUCCGGAGAUGUCCCCUCUGGAUGUUCUGGAAGACGGAGCUGGGGAAUCUGUGUUUUUCCCCCAACACAUGCAGGAGGAGGCCGGGAUGGGUGGCUGGAGCGGCUACCACCACCACCUCCACCACCACAACCCGCACUACAGCCACAACUACAACAACCACGGCCACCACAACUCCAUGAACGGCGCCGCGACGCACAGUUCAGGAAUGAGUCUAAGCACCUGUUUGAACUCCAGUUUGAGUCCAGGUAGAAGCUCCAGAGUCGAGUCCAAAAUGAGUUCUGUUGAGUCAAACAUGAGUUCCAGGUUGAAUCACAGCUCGGGUCACCACAUCGCCUUGAGGAGUCCCGUAAAGUGUCCACCUCUGUCCGACUCCUCCCCCGUGUCCUACCCCUCCAUCAGCCUCCCUGAUCCCAUCAAACCACACCAAUCCACCAACUACUUUGGCCAAAUGUACGGAAACAGCGCUCCGAACGCUCCCUACUACAUGCCUUCUCACCUGGGCCAGCUGUCACCUCCUCCUGAGACGUCUCCGUCCUCCUGCUCCUCCUCCUCCAUCCCCACAUCCACCUUCGCUCCUCCUUUGCACUUAGAGCCAUCCAAUCCCGAGUCCUCCUGCCACCUGGGCUCUUCUUCUGCUGAGUUCUGGUCUGAGGUGGACAGGCAUGAAUUUGACCAGUACGUGAACGUGGGAAGGAACCAAGAGGAGGUCUACGGACGAGGUGGCAGCUGUGGGGGCGGGAACAAAGUCCUGAGUGGGCGCAGUAGCAGCAGUUUAGGUAGCAGCAUGAAUAGCGGUGUUAUCAACAGGGAUGUCAGUAGCAUUUUGAGUGGUGCUGGUGGGUGUGAUGAAGGCAGCAGCCCUCUCAUAUCUGCUCUGUCUGAUGCCAGCAGUGCUGUCUAUUACAGCACCUGUAUCACUGGAUAAAUACUCAUCUCAUCUCUCGUAUGUACAUCCUGUCAUACGCAAACUGCACAGUUUAGUUUGGAUCUGGAGGAAGUACAGUCAUGGAAAAAAAUGAUAAGACCAUCGUUUUCUUCAAAUUUUUGUUCAUUUUAAUGCCUGGUACAACUAAAGGUAUAUUUGUUUGGACAAAUAUAAUGAUAACAACAAAAAUGGCUCAUAAGAGUUUAAUUAAAGAGCUGAUAUCUAGACAUUUUCAAUGGUUUUCUUGAUAGUAACCAAAAUCAUGAUCAGGAAAACAAUGGAAAAUGGCUAGAUAAAGAGAUAUUGAAGUUGUUAUCAUUAUAUGCGUCCAAACAAAUGUACCUUUAAUUGUACCAGACAUUAAACUGAACAAUAAAUUGAAGAAAACAAGGGGGUCUCAUCAUUUUUCCAUGACUGUAUGUACCUCCUGUCAUAUGCAAACUGCACAGUUUAGUUUAAAUCUGGAGGAAGUAGGUAGUGAAGAUUAGUUUUGGCUCAUAUUCUUGGUCAGUGUCACACCUUGCUAGUCUUUUACAGAUUCACAACCCUAAAUAACAAUAAUUAAAAAUGCAACAAAAAAAAAAGAAGGAAAGAUGCAGAUGACAGUUUUUAAUAAUUCCAACUCUUUCUGGAGCCAGAGCUGAGUCGAGCCAAAUACCAAAAACUGGAAAAAAACAAAAACUUAACUGGCAAAGAAAGCACUUUUGUCAAAUGCUUAGUUUUAGAUGCAUUAGUUUACACGUUGGCUGGCUUUUCUAGGCAGGCUAGUGUGGCUCAUGGCACCUUUUAAGCAGAAGCUACUGUCAGUCACUUAGUUAGCAUAGCGGACAUUAGCUCAUGCUAUUAGCAACUCUGAUCCAAAUGUAGGCCUGUAAUAAAAAAUUAAGCUGAGUUAGUGCACUGUCCUACUCAGUGGUUGAAAGCCCCUUUAAAAUAGUAUUGUUUUCUCCUACUCAUCAAGGGUGCUAGUGUUAGCAUACAUGAUGCUAAUAAACCAGGAGUAUUUAUCGAUAGCUGGAUACAUGUCUGAGCUGGAAGUUGUUCUGGGGUGUAGAAUAUUAUCAGGCACUUGUCUGACCUGAAGUGCUUCCCUGUUCCUACCCGUUCCACGGGUUUUGUUUCAUUGCACUCGAGCCCUUUUUCUGGACACCGACAGUACGUGCUGCAGGAAUAUCAUGCAAAACAGAUGAUUUAUGUGAUUGCACUGGUCAUAAGAAAAGUCCUACAGCUAUGACAAAAAUCUGAAUUUCAAAAUCAUCUCGUAUCAUUUUUGACAUUUCAUCUCAGGACCAGAAAAAUAUUCAUCUCCUCUAAACUCAAAGAAGUCUCAUCUCGGACAGUGAAGGAGAGACUCUGGAGAGAGACAGAGAGACUGGAUAGAGACUCGCUCCAGCCUCCACAUAUCUCUCGGUGUUGUCGGGAAAAGCCUUGGCCGUGGACCCAGAGCAGACCGCUGAUGUCUCCCACAAACUAUCAGGAUGUUUUACAAGCUCGGCUCGGGUUUUUUCUGAUCGUGAUACAUGCCGUUCCCUCUCUCCGUCUCAGUCCGUGACAGGGCCUCAUGUCAACCUCCGUGCCAAGAUCUGCAAGUUUUAAGUUGCUCUGCUUCCUGGCAAACACGGAUAUGUUGAUGAUUCAAAGAACAUUCUUCCUAACCAGUAAGCCUCUCUGGUGUAACAAGCAUAUCAACUGGUUAAACAAGAUGUCUUUGUUUCAAUUUUUAAAAAGCGUAAUUUUGUUCUACGUAUAACAGAAGAUUGGUUCGACAAAUUAAGUGCCACUGGACCAAAUCUUGUGUGGUAGAUCAGGAAAAAACAGACUCAAAUCAAGAGAUGUUGGAAAGCCGUAAUAACAAGUUGUCCCAUUCUUAGUAAUAUUAAAACAUUUAAGGAUAAUGUUUUGUUUUGAUGUAGCCUUUUACUGUAAAUAUAGAUGCCUCUUGGCAGUAUGUGAAGGAGAAACUGAGACUAUGAAAUGUUCUCUUUGCACUGGGUUUAAUGUCUUAGCUGUAUAGAAGGAACACUACUUAUUAUAAGUGAAAUGUCCAUAAUUUUAAAUUUGUUUUGUACAGAAAGGACUGUUUUAUAGAUUCUGUUUGUAAAAAUUGUCUUUAGUUUAACAAGUUAUUUGCUUUUUUUUUUAGUUAGAUGAGAGGAUUCAUGUCUGAGUGUUAAAUAAGAAGCUGGAAACAGAAAUCAAGCAAAAUCUGCAAAAUUAAAAGACCAGUUCCUCUGAUACAUACUCAUUUGGAGCUUGCAUCUUGUUUGUUUAGUUUGCACACAAGCAGGAAAGUAGAAACGAUCAUUUAAAACCACAAACUGUUGGUUUUAGCUUCCUGUUUGUGUACUGAUUACAUUAAAGGUGUUAAUUAGAAAUGUGGGCUGGUCCUGGUUGUCUCUCUGUUCCAACUCCAUACUUACCCCACAGACAUGACAUGAGGUCUCAGAAUGAGUGUGAAUAAUUUAUCUAAAAUGUUGGAAGUAUUUCUUUAACCCUCUGAACCCCCAAGCCGAUUCAGGCUAAUAUUAUGAAUACUGGGAAAGGAAAUUGGGUCUCCACAUGUUAUACAUAUUGAAGUAUUGUCAUGUUUACAGCCUCUCCUGUCCUCUCCUCUCUGCUCUGUGUAAACGUCAGUGAAUAUUUGUCACAUGACCGUUCAUCUCAGCAGAAUCAUGUCUUCAAAGUGUGUCUGAGGAGCAGAAUUUAAUGUUUAUAACAGAAUGUGGUUAUUUCGAAAGCUUUAUUUUUGGUGCCUGUACAUGAGAAAUGAGAACAGAAAUAUUAAACAAAUAAUAUAUAAUUUUUAUAUCAAAAUUUUUAGGCUUAAUUUUGGUACAUUUUUCCUGCGUAAACUUUCGUAAUCUCUGCCAUUCAAGGACUGUCGGACUGCCUACAACAAACACUCUACUUUUGGCGAUCUUUAAAAGAGUUUUUUUACAAGAUCUAGUUAUUCCAAACACUUUAUUUCUGACGAUGUAGAAUAAAGUGAUUUUGAAAUAAAUAUCAAAAUGUUAAGCUUCAUUUUGGAUACUUUUUCUUAUGUAAACUUUCAUAACCUAUGAGCCAUUCAAGGAGUGUCGGACUGCACAUUUUUACAGGUCCUUUCUGCAACAAGAGUUUUUUACAAGAUCUAGUUAUUCCAAAUGCUGUAUUACUGGUGUUGUAGAAUAAAGUGAUUCUGACAGAAAUAUCACAAUUUAAAGCUUUGUUUAGGUUACUUUUUCUAACAGAAACUUCGUUUGAAAGUUCAAACUCUGGCGAUAAUGCCUGUUUUUACAGUUUCUUCCUACGAUAAAUGUCUUUUCGGCGAUAAUUUAAAGCAAACAAACUUUUUGGGUGGUUCAGAGGGUUAAAGUUGAUUUAAAUAUAAGUGUAUUGGCGCAGUGAGUUUCCACUGCUAUUUGUUUUUGUUCUUGCCAAAUGUUGUGUAUUGUGUGUAAACUUGCCUUCAAGAGGAAAUCUUUAAUUGUAAAAGAUCUCUUGUGGAUCUUCCAGUGAUGCCACAAAACCCCCCACACUAAUGUUAUUUACUCUCAAUGGCUGGACAUUUUAAAUGAGACUCUGUGAUUUUGUUUGUGCUGAGAAAAUAAAAAUGCAACAGUUGUAGCCACUGUAGACUGUAGUCUCUCUGUAUGUGUUCGUGUAGCAUCCAUCCUGAAAUAUUUCUGCAUACAGUGGAAGCAAGAAACAGAAGUCCCUCUUAAAGAAUUCAUCCUGCAUCUGUUCCGCAUUAGUCCUAAAGACAAUACUUUUUUUUUAAACAUGAAACAGUAGAAGAAAAUCAUGUAUCUUGUACAGUGAAAGCAGUUAUAUUUACCACACCGUUCCUUGUGGCCACCGUUGGUUGAAAACAGAGCAACAGUAGAUUUUUCCAAACAUUUCCUCUGGAGGAAGGAGCCGCAGAGAAGCGGCAGUUCAAGCAAAGUAUUAAAAAAAUAAUUCUCCAUCUGCAUUUGACAUUCUUUUCUGUUGACACCAAACAGACUCUUGUUUCCAUUUUAAUUUACUGUGACACACAAAGAACAUCAGAGAGACAGGCGUUUUUGGAGUCGUGCAAUAACUCUGGGGCUUUUGGUAAUAAUUAUCUGAGGGGAAAAAAAACAAAAAAGAAACACCCAAGAUUUUGGGAUUAAAACAAAGGGCUUUUUUUUUUCUUCAGCAGUCAUAUAAUGUCAAAUUAAAACCAGGAUUUUCCCAGAAGUGUCACUGUGAUGCUUCUAAAUCUGUCUGACAGGGAUCAUUUUAAUAUUUUCUGCAGAAAAUUGUUUUGUUUUUGUUUAGAUUUGAGCAAUGUGGGUUGGCUGUAAAUGUAACUGUCCUGUUUUAUAAAAUAAACUCUUCUAAGAUUUCA